GGCAUAAGGAUGACCCUUUAAUGAAGCCUAAUCAUUCCUUUUUUUUUUUUUUUUUCUGCUAAUCAAAACUGUCAGUACAGCUUUAACCACUCCAUAUAAAAAGUAUUGCUAAAAAUAAAUAGAUAUUUUAUUUAAAUUGCACAAUUGACCUUAUUAACAUUAGCACAUUCUUUCAUUUUUGAUGGGAAUGAGAAACGAGGCUGUAAGGAAUAGACUUACAGUCUCUUUAAUGGGUUGUACUGUUGUUUAAAGUGUUUUGGUUUUGCUUAUGAAACACUGAAAAAACAUAUUUCCAAAAAAAAAAAAAAAAAAGAAAAAAAGAAAAAGAAAAAAAAAAUUAAUUAGACAAAAAACUCCAGAAUACAUGAGUUGUGAAAAAUAAGAUGUAAUCUAGGAGCUUUAUACAGCUGUAUACAGUGCAUGCCAUUGAAGAGACUAUCCCUCACAGCCUAAUUUUAAUUCCUGCCAAAACUCAAAUAUUGCUCUACUGUGUAUAAGGUCUAUGAAAUAAUGCAUUCAGUAGUCUCUUUUCAUUAAUCAACUUUGUCUCUCUCUGUAUUCCCCCCAGAUCCAGUGAACAUGACAGAGUUGAAAGAUGACCGCCGGUUUCACACGCUAACACAAGAGCAGGUGGAGACUUUGGACCAGGUUCUUACAGAGGUCAUUCCCAUUCAUGGUAGGGGCAAUUUCCCAACCCUGGAAAUUAAGCCUAAGGACAUCAUCCAUGUGGUCAGAGACAGACUGAUUUUGAAGAACAUCAAGGUGAGAGAUGUCCGUCUCAAUGGCUCAACAGCCAGUCAUGUGCUGGUCAAAGAGAAUGGCACCAGCUAUAAAGACCUAGAUAUCAUCUUUGGUGUGGAGCUUCCAAAACAGGAGGACUUCCAGAUCAUCAAGGAGGUGGUUCUGGGCUGUCUGCUGGACUUCCUACCUAAAGGAGUCAACAAAGACAAAAUCACAGCUCUCACCAUGAAAGAGGCAUAUGUACAAAAAAUGGUCAAAGUGUUCAAUGAAUAUGACAGAUGGAGCCUUAUCUCUCUCUCAAACAAUAGCGGGAAGAACGUGGAGCUCAAGUUUGUCAACUCUCUACGACGACAGUUUGAAUUCAGUGUGGACUCCUUCCAGAUCAUCCUGGACAGCAUGCUACAAUCUUAUUUGGAGGCUGAGUGGAGAGAGGUUAUGGAGCUAAAAGAGAAAGAGCAGGUCUCUCCUUCAGCUGAAAGAAUUGGGAUUCAGUCAGGCCUGACGGAUGAGCCAUCCCUCAGCUCUGCUAACAUUGGUCAUCACCAAGAAACUGACAUUGACAUGUCCUGCAAAACUGAUGACAUGCAGAGUUUCUGUGACUGCGAGGAACAGUCUAAAUAUUCAGAACAAGAACCAGAUCUUGAAACAGUUAAAAAAGAUGUAGGGGCAGAGCUGGCUGAAACUACAACUCAGCCUGAGUCUAUGGAGCAAAUAUCAGAGCAUGAACUUACUGAAAAUGUGGCUCUUCUUACAGAGACACUACUAGAGGUAAAUACAAAUGAAACAAGUAUUGACUCAGGGGAAAAAAAUGAACUGGUUACAGUAAAAAAAGAAACCAUGUCUGUUAAAGAGACAAAUCCUCCAGUUGAAACAUAUAUUACUACAGUGGAUUCUAACAAAACUGAAUACAUGUUAGAUAUAAAGUCAGUUGAUGCCCAACCAUGGCUAGAAAUGGUACAUACAGACUUCUCAUGUCUUUCAACCACAGGGACCUUUGGUGAGCGAUGCACAUUCCGACCUGCUCCCAUUACAUUUCUUACACAAACAGCAUUGGAAUCAUAUUCUGAGUAUCCUCUACCACCCCCUGCCAAGAAAAACACUCGAAGUUCACAAAUGGUCGUUCUCAAGCAUUCCUCACCAAAACCUCCUCGGAAAAUGUCCAAAAAGGCAACUCCUGUACCAUUUUCAUCUGAAAAAUCUGUGUCAAAUAAUUCAGAUGUUACUACUUGUCAGGUUUUGAAUCCACCUAAUGCUUACCCAAAGGAAUCAUUACCAAAGCAGGUCAAAUUACCAGGUCUUACAACAAAAGGCUUUGAAUUAUCCAGUGCCUCAGAAAAAGACUCACAGUCAAAAAAACUAGCCAUUUCUACCAGAGCUUUUACUGUUACUGCUCUGGAGAAUGAUGUGCAUUCAGAAAAGACAUUAUCCAUAAGUCUAUCACCAGAGGAAAGCCCUCAAACUCAAGUGCAGAGCUCAGAGCCAGAGACUGGUGAAGCUACCCAUAUCCCUAUUCUAACCCCUUUGACCAAACUCAACAACCUCCCAAAAGAUCAAGACCAGCUUUUUACUGAAAGGGUCCAGACUGUAAAGUGUACGACAAUGGCACCUCUCAUUCAUGUAAAUUCACAGCCUUUGCUUCAGGCAGAUGAUAGUUUUCACCUCAGCCCAACCUCUCCCAAAAAGAAAGAUACUGAGACUUGUACCCAAGUUGAUGACUCCACAUCACCAAAAUAUUUCACUCAGCCCCAAGGACCUGUCAGUAAGGUUACAAAUUGUCCCUCUCAACCAUUGAAACUACUGUCUGCAAACUAUACUGUUGAUUCAGAAGGGGUAGGGAGCAGUUCCUCAUGCUCUGAACAUGUUCUAUCACCACAAGUUCUCCAGACUCAGGAACAUCUUGUGCCAUGUCCAAAGACUAAAGAACCCCCAGAACUAAUUGCACAUGUGUUAGAACCACCUGUCUGUUUAUCAAAGGUUCAAGGCCUCACAGUAUCCACACCAAAUUUUACAAAUCCACUAGAACCUCCCAUAUCUUUAACAACAAGCCUAGAACCAACCAGAAUCUCAGAACCUCUUUUAGAACCUACAGCUACAUGUCUUGAUGUCAUGAAUCCCUCUGAAGUAUCCCUUGAAGUUCUAGUACCUUCUGAAGUUCUUCCGCAGCUUUUGGAACCCUCUGCAGUAUCAUCACAUAUGUUAGAAACUUCUAUGUCCUCAGCUAGCCAGGCAGUUAUUUCUGAGAUUUCAGAAACAUUGGCUUCAGACACUAAAGAGCCCUCGCUGCCUCCAAAAGAGCUGCCUUGCAUUACAGUGAUGGCUGAGAGCAUGUAUGGUGACUUUGAGCAGGCUAUGGACCACCUGCGUUACCGGCUAAUCGCAACACGCAAUCCUGAAGAAAUCAGGGGCGGAGGCCUGCUUAAGUACAGCAAUCUGCUCGUCCGGGACUUCAAACCCGCCAGUGAAACUGAAAUUAAGACACUCGAGCGCUACAUGUGUUCGCGAUUUUUUAUUGACUUCCCUGACGUGAAUGAGCAGCAGCGUAAAAUCGAAUCGUACUUGCGCAGCCAUUUCAUUGGAGAGGAGAAAAGCAAAUAUGAUUACUUGAUGACACUUCGAAGAGUAGUCAAUGAGAGCACUGUGUGCCUGAUGGGACACGAGCGCCGCCAGACCCUCAACAUGAUAACCAUUCUAGCACUCAAAGUCCUGGGAGAGCAGAACAUCAUCCCAAAUGCAAACAAUGUAACCUGCUACUACCAGCCUGCACCAUACAUGGCAGACCACAACUUCAGCAACUAUUACAUUCCAAAUGGCCAGUCCCCACUUAUAUACCACCCCUAUCCCCUACACAUACACAUGCAGACAGGACUGGUUUAGCUGUAUGUAUGAAACAGAUGGAAAGGUGUACACAGGAGAAAUCUGCAACCUAAAAUGUCCAUCACAAACAAUCUAUCUUUGAGCAUGAGAGAACAUCCCGGUACUUAACUGAAAAAAAAAGAACAUUUUGAGUAUGUAACACUCAGAUAAAGAAAAUAUGUCAGUCAAGAACUGCUAGUGGUAUUGGCUUUAAAUGCAAAUCUGGUGAACAACAUCUGCUGUUGGAUUGAUCAUAUUUUAUCGUGGUAUUGGUACAGUUGACUGUCUGUGGGAAUUCCAUGUAAAAACAAUGAAGCCAUUGCACCAGCAGCUUGAAGACUAGAAAAAACGAAUGUGUUGAAACAAUCAGAAAACUGUUGAAAAAUGAGGGUGGACUAUGGAAAGAUCAAUGGUAAAAAAUGACUAAAAAACAAAAAAAAGAUAGUUACUAUAAAACUAUUCAGAAGAAACAAUUUGGCUAGGCCUGCUCAAGGUUGCUUGCAGAACAGGCCUGUUGUUAAAAUAUAUAUAAAUCAUUUAAAGGCAAACAGUGUUUUGAAAAUGUGGAUUAAAAUUUUGAAAAAGUGACUUUUCAAUGAUUUCAUGCGUUAUUAGCAUGAAAAAUAAAAGUAUCAGAGACAUAAUCAGCAUGCAGCCAAUGCUUUAUGACCCAUUUAGGAAUUUUACAAUUAGACUAAUUGUGCCCAUCAUAUUUUACUCUAUGAAGGCUGAGAUCAGUGUUCCAUGAAUUAUUAUUUAUUUAUUUAUUUGUUUGUUUUGUUGUUGUUGCUAUUAAUCACUUAAAUUAUAUAUUUGACAUGUUGUGAGAUUUCUUUGUACAAACACUCUCUACAUUUUAUUUAAUAAUUUAUGCUUAUGAGUGGAUUAGUGAUGUAGUUAAUGUUACACCAUCAUUAUAAAAGUGCUCCAUCAGCAUUGUUCUGGUGACUUAAGAACAGUGACUUAAUGAGAGAUUUUAGAAGAUUUUAAUGAGAUUUGCAGAUGUUUAAGUUGGUUUUUACAUGAAGAGAAACAAGCAGUCAUCUUUAGUUUUCUUUGCUGUAUAAUGUACAUUUAGCAUCAAGAGAAUACAUGUGAGUAAAUAAAAUAAUUCAAUAUUUAUUUAAGUUAAUAAAAUAGAAACAUCAGGGGUGCUGAAGACUUAUAUAAUUAAUUUUAUCUCUUUUUUUUUAUUCUUUGUGACAAAAAAUACACAAAUAUUUUUUAUAAUUUUUGUGUAGCUACUGUACUACCGCAUGUAAAAAGAUUGUACCAACCAUACAUAAUUACAUACAAACACAUAAACACAAAUAGAACAUAUUAAGUCAGGACCAAAAGUUUAAAUGUGACUUGUAGUAUGAUUUAAAAUGAUUGCUAAAGUACUUCGAUUGAGCAAUUAUGAUUUUUAUAGUGUAAGCAAACAUUGCCCAUGUAAUGAAGAUUGCAUAAGUAUUAGAAAAUCUACACGACUUCUAUGACAAGUGCUUCAUUGAAAUUGUGUAAAGAUUUCUUUUUUCUUUUUUUUUUCUUUUUCUUUCAAAAUAAAUAAUAAAGGGCAUAAUAAACUGCAUCAUCAUCAGAAAAAACAUCAUCACUACAUUCAUUUGUCGAGUUAACUUUUCCAAGUGCAGUCCUACAGUUUUGUAAAGUAUGUCUCUCUUUCAGUCUUACCUUGAUGGAAUUGUCUACCUUUGAAAUACAGCCAAAAUCUGUAGUAACACUGUGGUUAGAAAUAUAUGUUUAAAAUGUCAUUGUUUACAAAGAAGAUGUACACCAAUCAUUAAAUCCUUAAAACAUUUUAUAUGAACAAAAUUAUUUUGUAGGAAAACUUCAGUGCCUAAAUAAGCAAGAGAAAAGCUGGAAAGAAGGCAAAAGAGGAGGAUGUUCCUCAGAAAUGUAAACGCAACAGUCGCUUUUUCUCAUUUUCAGGUGUGCAUUUUCUCCUUUGUCCUCUUCUAUUGCUACUUGUGUUGAUGUCGGAUGUUCUUCUUUGCUCUGGCUAGUUUAUGUUUCAUUUAAUAAAAAUA